AUGUACACUAUCGCAGACCCAAGUGUUCUAACCGGGCUCAGUCGAUGUAUUUCGGCGUUUGCGCGCAUCAGCGACACUAUUUCAAUUGACGGCACCCUAGACAAACUCGAGCUAAGCUGCGUGAACGCUUCGCGAACCGUUGUCGGCCGCGCAGUCUUCCCCAGAGACUCCUGCUUCACAGGCCUGGGCACUGAGCGGGCGAUCCAGAUAAAGUCCCGGGCCGCAGACACUGUCUUUUCUCGAGUAGACCAGUCCAAGUGCGUGCUAAAAUUCGGGCGAGCACACAAUGGCGUGGAAGUGCUGGAGGUUCUGCUGGAGUCAACCCAGGCGGGCGCAGUGAAGGUCUGCCGGAUUCCGUGUCUCGUUGUCUACGAGCCAGCGCCAGCAAUUGAUUCCCCAACAAACUUGUCUUACUACUUUUCUGCAAACCUGAACUUUUUCAAGGAGAUUCUGGCCAACUGCAUGCCCGCGGCAGAGGAGGCAGAGCUACGGUUUCUGAGCCAUCGCGGGUUCACGUUCAGAGCCUUCAGAGACAAGAUGCGUACUGAUCAGUCAAAAGUGCGGGCAGGAGUGGAUACUAGCGUGGAAAACGAGCUCCGAAGGUUCGGCAGGCUGCAGGUGCUGUCGCCGUGGGCAGGCACCAUGCGACUGAAAGAACUACGAACGGUGAUUCAGCUAUGGGAGCAGCUAUUUCCUCUCAAUUCAGUCGACGCACUAUUUAAACAACCGGGGCAGCCUAUUAUUUUCGAAACCGAGCACACGGUUUUGAAACUGGCGUUCAUGUUUCGGUUCACCACCAAGCCCCAUCGCUCAGCUCUCGACAACACGUCCUCAGUGAUGAUUCGAAUCGGCGACAGAAUCGAGCCGCGGAUCUCAGCGCUGUACGGCCGCCCUCAGUCGUUCAUGAGGCGAGCAGCCGAGCCGGAGCCUGAACCCAGCCAGCCGGUCGAUCUCCCCGCACCGCAGCCAGAACACCCACCGCCAGCUCAAUUCGUUGAAUACGCCGAGGAAAUUGGUAUGACGCAACCAGCAUCCCAGGCAGUUGGACUUUUUGACGAUGAUAGCUAA